AUGGGGGGAUCAAAUGAUGAGCAAAACAUCAAAAGUUGGAGUUUCCAGACUACUUCUGAAGAAACGGCCACAAAAAAUGAAAUGCCUUGCAAUGCUGAUUAUCAAAAACAACAGAAAAGUGAAAUUUUUGGUCAUGGAAGCAAUCAACAAAGUACAAGUAGUGUGCAUUCUAUUGCAAGAGGGCAUUGGAGACCAGCUGAGGAUUCCAAACUUAAAGAACUUGUAUCUCAGUAUGGAAAAAGUUGUAGAUUAAGAUGGUUUAAUCAACUGGAUCCAAGGAUUAAUAGAAGAGCAUUUAGUGAAGAAGAGGAAGAGAGAUUGUUAGCAGCAUAUGGAAAUAGAUGGGCUAUGAUAACAUUGAAAAGAGACCUAUCAAAAGCUUCACGAAACUGUGUGGCAGCUCUAAGAGCUAUGGAAUGGGCGUUCAUGAAGGAUAAACUACCCUGGGUUUUCUAG